AUGGCCAUCGGACCUGGCUCCUUCGAGGACACCCUGAAAAACACAAACAUUAUGCUGCGCAUGAUGGGCAUUCCGCCGUGUGGGGAGCCUUAUCCUGACACGGCCAUGGCGCUGCUGAGGAGCAAUGUUGGCUUCAUUGGUUCGUUUCUACUGCUCGUUUACACGACACUCGGUGAGGUGAUCUAUCUUGUGCAGAUGCUCCAGGGUUCCGAGGUGAACUUCCUGGAGGUAACCUUCCAGACGCCCUGCAUCGGUUACUGCCUUAUCGGUGUACUUAAGAUGAUUCUGCUGGCCGUGCGGCGAAAUACGAUCGCAGAGUUGGUGCAGCUUUUCCGCACCAAGUGGAAAAAGGCGAUCAUAAGCAACGAGAACUGGACAGUGUGCGAAGAAACCAUGCGACCGGCCAUUAGGGUUACCUCCGUCACGGCACUGGCAAACGUCGUGAUGGGAAUCGCCUUCACUAUGCUGCCGAUAGCGGAAAUGCUCUACCACUGGCUGCACAGUGGCUCCUGGGUCCGCCAGCUGGCCUUCAACAUCUGGUGGCCGUUCGAUGUGUUCGCGGGGACACAGUACUUCUGGUUUAGCUAUCCGCUCUACGUGAUUAUUGGGUUUAACGGCAUCAUCAUCCAUAUGGCUUUCGAUUGUUUAUUUUGCAUUUUGGCUGCUCACCUGUGCUUGCACUUUCGUAUUCUAAAACUGAACAUCGAAAAUGUUGCCGAUGAGUGUGAGGAAGCAAGAGCCGCGAACGAGAGACGGCUGCAAGACGCGAUCGUUCAGCAUCAGGAUCUUAUCGGUUGCAGUGCGUUCUUACAGGAUGUGUUCGGCGUUGUGCUGUUUCUUAACUUACUCGGCAGCUCGAUUAUUAUUUGCAUACAGGCGUUUAUGAUAACGACGGUCUCCGGAUAUACACUGAUAAAGUUUGUUUUGUUUAUGCUGUGCUUUUUGAUCGAAUUGCUAAUGCUGUGUGCGUACGGGGAGGACAUUGUGCAAUCGAGUGGAGCUGUAGCCGAUGCAACGUACAAUUGCAAGUGGUACGAGGAAAGCAGGUUGUUUAAGACUUCGAUAUUGCAGAUUUUACACACAGCCCAGAAACCCAUCGUGGUAACUGCUUGGAAAAUUUGGCCUGUGCAGAUGGUGACGUUUAGAGGAAUCUUGCAAGCUUCAUGGUCCUACUUCACGCUGCUGAAAACGGUUUAUGCUGAUAACUAA